AGCAUCUCUUUGUCCUCGCUCACCCCGUCUCCACACCAAACGUGUCCUUGCCAGGGCCGCCCCGCAGGAUCCCGGAUCGCCGCAUCCCACCGCCGCUCCUGCAGGACAGCGCUGCGCCGGGAGAGGGAGCGGUGCUGUAGUGUCUGUGCCGUACCAGAGAUGAAGUUUUCCUAAUGCCCAACUCCAAGCAUAAAUUACGUUAUGCUAUCGAGAGAGACUGUUGUCCGUGGAAGAUACCCACCUAUCAAAUUCAGAUGGGUUAAGCUUACGGCAUCAGUCAAGUGCCAGCGCUUGAAGCAUUAAACUUGUGCAUUGCAGCCACUGAAAAUAACUAACACUGCUUUUUUAGUCUUCCUGAAUGCUUAAUCUGCUGUAUUCAGCCACUAUUUCAGUGGCAUCUUGGGUUUGACUUUUUUUUUUUGCAGGUUUUUGUUGUUGUUUUGUUUUGGAAUCUUUUUUUUUGUAGUUAAGUGGGAAAAAAAGCAAAUGCUUAAGAUGGUUAAUAAUAUAUCAAAAUACUGGUUUGGUCAGAUAGGCUAUAUUGCAGUACCAGCUGACAGGUCGUGCUUGACCAACGUGUGAAGCACUGGCUGCAGGUCUAAAAUCCGAAGUAAAGUUUAUAUAAUAUUUCCAUGUCUUCACUGGAAAUUAGGAUCACAUGUGUUCAAAAACUCUGCCCAGGCAAGGCAAGACCUAAAUCACAGGGUAACUGUCGGUUGCAUAUGUAUCACAUUCUCCUAUUAAAAAUAAACAAAUAAAAAGUUUUAAAGAGUUUUGAUAAUGCUGUUUGCAUGUAUGAGAAAUCCUUGUUUCUGUUAGAGGAAUUGAGAUCAGAUUUUAUAUCUCAGUAUAUUUUAUUUCUCUAAGGCAGAAUGUUCUGACCUGUGAGGAAGGGAAAAUUCAGAAAAGGAAUGAGAUGCAGGAAAAACAUUUUACAUGGUUUUGAGGACUUAACAUGGAAAUGCCAAGUGUCCUGUGUGCUUUAGUUGAUUUGAGUAUCAUAACAAAAUUCAAAAACAUCUGCCUAAAAAUAGAUUUCCUGAACCAUUCUUGAAACUUUAAACACUUUUUGUGCAUUGUCGUUUCUUAUAGACUGUUGGAACAAUCCUUGAGGUGCAUUUUAGAAUCUAACCUAUUUUCAGUGCUGGCAUUUUAAAUUGGAGGCUCUAGCUGCUCCAGUUGUUGCCUAUCGUCUUUAAUGUUAUCUCCCAGCUUUUUUUAUCUCCUUCGCUGCAGUAAAUAUUUGAUGAAGAGAUUCUGAAGGACCUGGAUGACUACUAUGAAAAAUUUAAACGAGAGACAGAUGCUGUGCAGAAGAGAAGAAUGUUGCACUGCAUACAGAGAGCUUUGAUUCGGAGUCAGGAACUGGGGGACGAGAAGAUCCAAAUCGUCAGUCAGAUGGUGGAGCUCGUUGAGAACAGAACGAGGCAAGUGGACAGCCACGUGGAACUGUUUGAGACUUGUCAAGAGACUAAUGACACCACUGGAAACAGUGGGAAGGCCAGCCAAGAUAAGUCAAAGAAUGAGACAAUCGCACAGGCUGAGAAGCCCAACAACAAGAGAUCGAGGAGGCAAAGGAAUAAUGAGAAUCGAGAAAAUGCCUCAAACAAUCAUGAUCAUGAUGACAUCACCUCAGGAACACCAAAGGAGAAGAAAGCAAAAACGUCCAAGAAGAAGAAACGAUCCAAGGCUAAAGCAGAACGGGAAGCUUCUCCCCCUGACCUUCCUAUUGACCCUAACGAGCCAACAUACUGCUUGUGCAACCAAGUCUCCUAUGGAGAAAUGAUAGGAUGUGAUAAUGAUGAGUGCCCCAUUGAGUGGUUUCACUUUUCGUGCGUGGGACUCAAUCAUAAACCAAAGGGCAAAUGGUACUGCCCCAAAUGUAGAGGAGAAAAUGAGAAAACUAUGGACAAGGCAUUGGAGAAGUCUAAAAAAGAAAGGGCAUACAAUAGGUAGUUUGUAGACUUUUCAUAGUGAAGAAAAAAAUCACCAAACCAGUGUAUUUAUUGUCAGUGUCACCUUUGUUGAGGUGAAAGGAUUGUAAAAUGUAUAUUUUUAAAGGAGGUUUAAAACUGAAGCAUUCCUGUUACAGGGACGGCAAUAAGCAAUUUUGUUUUUCAUUUGGUAAGCUGUAACAAGAAUGUGGUCUGUGGACCAAUGUAUUCCAAAAGUAAAGUUAUAAGAAUAUUCGGGUGUUUCUUAAAAGCUAAAUUAAUAAUUUUCUGUAUUCCUUUUUUUUUUUUUAGUGCUUGUAGCACUCUGCCCAUUAAAAUUUUGAUGACAAGUAUCUCUGAAAUGUAAUUUUGUUUUCUUUAAUAAAAAAUGUUAUUUACCUUUUGAGCAAAAUUGUUAAAUAGUUUAACCACCUGGUUGUAUCUGAAUAAAACUACAGUGCAUUACAAAUGUUACUUCUUUUGGUGAUAAGCAGUGCAAGAGCGAACAAAAGGAGGGUAAAAUUUGGUUCCUGCUACAAAGUGUCAGUAUAACAGUUCAAUAGCAAAUGUUUAAAUAGGCUUAGAGGAUUAUUUUUUAAAACAAAAAGUUAAUGGUUAAAUUUUACACAACAAAUAUUUUAUAUGCUGGCCAGGUACCACAAAGGCCAUUUUAAAAUGAUUGAAUAUGUUUUAUAUUUAACCGGAAAGUGGUUUAGUAACGAGACAUAACAUAAAUGAAGCUUUAUACUGUCACAGAUAGUGGUGUAGCAAUCCUUAAUUUGUUUAAGUUGUAUAAAUGUACAUUUUAAGUGGAGUUGCACUUACUGUAUUAUAUUUGGAAAUGCAGCCAAAUGCCAUUGUGUAACCAAUGUGCAUUUUCUGCUGUAUGUAUGAAAAUUGUACAGAUGUGAUAUUAAGAAAUAAAUGAAACGACUUUGACA